ACUCCAGUGUUUACAACUAUCUUGGAGAGUCAAGGUCAAAUAGAACACACGUGUAUGAGCUCAGCGGACAAGCUAAUAUGCGCACACCAUCAGCAGUCUCCUACGUGUACUUCUAGUGGUACUAGCGGUUCGUGUGAGAGUUGACGGUUUGAUGAUUCUGUACAGUUAACGUAGGUUGCAAAGGUAGCGAUUUAAUUACUACCACUGUUAAGAAGAGUUUUGUGAGAAACAUGGCAAAUCAGCAGCCUGUUACAAGUUACUACUGUUGUGUUCCGCUGGGGUGUCAGAUAGAAGAAUCAAUUCCUAAUAAUGCUUUAACAGUCAAUAACGUUGUAAAAGUAGUAUGCAAUAAUGAACUUUGUCAUGAAGGACAGUACAUGCAUAAAUCAUGUUUUGACCAAUGGGAAGAAGCUGUUUUGACUUACCUUCGAUCAACUGGUCGAGCUCGAAGCUGGAGCGAAAAGCAGCGUCUACAGAAUUUGUGGACCAAAAAAGGCUAUGACCUUGCUUAUAAAGCUUGUGGGUGUAAAUGUGGUAAAGGACAUUUGAGAAAAGAUUUAGAUUGGGUAGCCUUAAAAAAUGGUAAUACCACUUGUAAUGAUGAUAAUGGAAAGAAAAAGAGGAACCGUAAGAAAAAGAACGACAAGCCCGUUCUGACCUUGAAUGGUGCUGCGCCUCAGAAGCAAGCGGGAAUAGGUGUACCCAUGAUGCGAAACAGGAGCUCUAGUAUGUCCAGCACUGGGUCGGGAAGUCCGCCGGGUUCGGCUGACUUUACAAUGUCUCCGACUCAUGGUUUCGGAGCGACCAAGAAGCCCUUCUUCAAUGACAGACGAGAAAGACAUGGUUCAGGCAACAUUUUCAGUCGUCGUCAUGACUACUCAUCCUUCAAUACACUGCCUCGCCAUAAGAUUAAUUCUUAUCACAUCAAGAUGGAAGAUGAAGGAAGUCACGGCAAUGAUGAAACUCGAUGUUUUAUUCUAUCAACUUUGAGCGCCAGCCAUGUGAACCGCAUCUCGUGUAUUCUGUGCCAUAAUACUAUGAUUAUUUUUGAUCGCUACCCACUAAUCGACGGAACUUUCUUCUUGUCUCCUCGUCAACAUAGCAAGGGCUGUGUUCCUGUUAAGCUAGAUGGAAGAGUCCAGUAUCUAAAUGCUGUUUGUAUGAGUUGCUUGGAAGGGUGGAAUACGAAUCUGAGAUGUCGUUACUGUCAGAACCGCUGGAAUGGAAGCGACCUCAUUUUGGGGUCUAUGUAUUCAUAUGACAUAUUUGCUGCUACUCCUUGCUGUCCCGAGCGUCUGAAAUGUAACAACUGUCAUCGUAUGGUCAUCAUGCCAGACCAUCGACUGCAAUUCUUUAGUGACUACAGCCACAGUGUAGCAUGUCCGAAUUGUGGUGUAAUUGACUUUCAUUUUGUAAAAUCUUUAUCAACGUACAAUCGUAGGGACCGUGAAUGAAAUGUCUUAACCUUAAGAAAAAGUAAAUAAACAAUUUAAGAAUAAUUAAGUUACAUCUCAGUUUUAUGCCUACCAUAAGCUUAACGUAAGCUAGACCAAAAUUUAGGCCGUCUUUUAAGUUUUAGAUAAGUACGUUUAAGAUUUAACGUUGCAAUUAGACGGUCUCCAUUAUAAGAUAUAUGUUUUCUGCAGAUUACCAUUACAAUGAAAGCUUGUGUUAUGUCCAUAAAAGCUAAACCGCUCGUUUUCCUAAAUGUUAUAUAGAGCCUAAGUUGUUUGAGUUAAUUUUAUUUCAAGUUAUUAUAAGUUAGUUGAGCAAAAAAGUUAUGAUCGUAAUUUUAAGAAAAACCCAUUUCCAUGAAAGUAAGGGAAAUACACUGGAACAAUAAUAGGCCCAUAUUAAAAAAAAAAUCAUUCGUUACAGUUUGGCUUAGGCCUAUGGCUUUAGUGUUAGUAACAAUAUAAGAAUUUGGUAAGUAGUCUACUUAUUAACACUUAACAAGAAGUUUUAAUAUUCUAAGAGUUCAGUUAAACCUAGCUUUGCCACAUUUCCAGGGUAUUUUUGCAGGUUGAAAUGCGAACUAUCUUUUACCGGUGACUAAUUUAAACUAGGCUUACAGGAUCUGACUAAACUAAAGUUAACGCGAGGCUUUUGUUGAAACACCAUCUUUUUUUAACUAAGUUAGUUAUUUCUGGUCUGUGUUUUGCUGUUACCCUCUGAAAUGGAAAUAGGAGAAAAGUAUAAGAUUGGAUAAGACAGUAACCACAUGUGGUUUAUAAAAUUAAAAAGUACAAAUUUUAGCUGUAGUCAUGUACAAAGUCGAAAUGGAAUAUGCUUUACUUGUAAGUUGUAGUCGUAUUGUGUGUGUGUGUGUAUAAUUAAGAUACAGCUUUGUCGCGUGUAACGUUAACAGGUUAAACAACGUUAAUUUGUAUUUUUCGUAAAGCUAAACCACAUUUGAUACAUUACUCUGCCUUUUUUGUUUGGUAUUCUAAUGUAAAAUAAUUUUUACAUGUUAAAGUUAGAUAUUUUUCAUAUACUGAGUGUAGGCUACUUUUUUUGCUUAAUUGGCUAUGGUCUAGCUUAGUGUAACGUGUAAUAUAUGAUAUGCAAGCAACUUGAAGUAGGGAAAUUUUAAUAUAACCUUAAAAAUCUUGGUGCACAGUAACUGUGUACAAUUUCGGAAUGAAGAAAUACUAAAUUUGUUAUAUGUUAAGCUUUCUUUAUAGAGUUGUCUGAGGAUUAAUAGCACGAAUCUGUUUGAAUGGUUCGUGUUUGCUGUAAUAAAAGCUGCUUCAGUUCAUAAUGUAUAGAAUUUUAAUAUUCAUUGAAGAAGAGUUCCACGUGUUCCGUGUAUGUGAUGUGUUCUAACCAGGCUCCUAAAUCAGGUUCAUUCUCCAUCUGUUUUGCACAUAUAUGAAAUAUCAGUGCAGAAUCAUUCGUUGAAUAUUGGUAAGUAACAUAUUAGAUUAACAGUUCACGUUGGUCCAUUUUUUGACAAAUCAAAAAUUCUGGUUUGGAAGUUAAAUGGACUGUUUUCAGUACGGUAAUUCUGUUACUGGAAUGUUAUUAUCGGUGUACUUUAACUUCGAAUAAGUAAAGAAAAACUAGGAUGAAACUGUAGUUUUUCAAAAUAUCUUUAAAGCUGUGUAUAGUUAUUUUUAUGUCAAACUAACUGGUUUUAUGCAGCAUAUUGUUAGCUAGAAGUCUGUAUUUACCUCGUGACAGCUUUUUUGUGUGCAAAGCUAGCUAGGGUAAGUUAGUGUUUUGCUAAUUAGCAUUUUGCUGAAUUAGUAUCUUCAGUAAGAUCGGUGUAAUGUUUACAAUUUGAUCAAUGUAAUGUUAAUCUUAAACUGGCUCACAAUUGAUACGCACAACUUGUAAGUAGACAACACAUAAUGUGAGCCAUUCGUGAUUAGGUUUUGGUCCCGGUAAACCAAAAGAUGAGAUCGGUGUAACUUAUAUCUACAUUAUUUUCUUACAGUUUUUGAAAUUGAAAGAAAUGUUUAUGGAAAUCUUUUACGUUGGUAGGGGUGUUUUUUUUUUCUUCUUUCCUUGACAGUGUUAAGCUUUUGUGUAUGUUAAUAAGCAACACUUAAUGUGUGUGUAAAUUUUUAUUAGUGAAAAGACAUUGAGCACUGCUACAACUAGUGUAGGCCAGCUUAUUUUUAUUGUUUUUUUUUUACUUUUCACACAUGUACAAGCGAAGCAAGAGCUUAAGUGAAUUUUUUUUUUGUCAGAAUCAUUACCUGUCAUUCGGUAAAUGUCAUAAUCUGACAUUUGUAUUUGCAGUCUGUUUAUGGGAAUGGUAGGUUAAAAUUAACAAACAUUAAAUAUUUGUGUCAUGUCAGUUUAAUUCAGUAGUUCGUGCUGUGUGAUUAAACUUGGGCAGUUUAUAUGGAAUUAUAUAAUGUGUAUUCUUCAUUUAUUUCUAUUUUGAAGUUUAAAAGUUUCUUCUAUACUGUUUUCUUGUAUACUGUGUGUUAAAUAUUGAUAUGUUAGACUACUAAUAAUUUGUUUUCAUGUUUUAGUACUAUUAAAAAAACAAUAUUUAAUUGACCAGGCAGCAUCUGGGUUUUGGGGUGUGGUGUAUAAAUGUAGAGGUAAACAAACCGGCAAGCAGUGCACGUGCUGGAAAGACUACGUGACAGAACCACUCUUAUCUAGAACGAUAGGUGGCGUUCUCAAUUGUGUCUCCUCGUUCGAGGUAAACAACUUUUGGAACCUUGCCAAUUUUUUCUCCUUGCCAAAGAGGUUAGGCACGUGUAGUGUUGUCAGCAAAGGAAUACUGAACCGGCCGGCGAUUUCAGCACAUUUCUUUAAAUGCCAGCUUUUCGUAUAAUCGAUUUUUAACAGUUAGCUGGACAGAUAUAAGUAUUUUGCUUCAGUAAACCCUGUUUGCAAUCCUGUUAUUUAUUGUAAAAUUAAAAUAUAGCCUUUCAAAAGUGAACUAAUAUAAACUGAUUUUAAAAAUGAAACACGUAUUAAAAAAAAGUUUUUUCUAUCUUGUAUUUCAACAUUUUUGAAAAGAAAGUGUAUGUUUUUUCUUUGUUUAUGAAUUAAAUCCUGUGAGUUUCUUAAUUUAAAUUUGUUCCAAUGGAUGUUUUCCUAUAAAGCAACCAAGGUUACUUUGAAUCAUUUACCCAACGGCAUAGCAGCCUUGACGGCACUCGGACGGGAGAAACGUUAUAUACGUUCUCGAAUAUGCAAGAGUUUGGCUUGAUUCUUGUGUUAGGGACCUUCCAGAAACUUGUGAACUUUUGUUUGUAUUUUGUUAAGUUUUUCUUUAUUCAUUUCGGAGAACGAAUUUCGUUAUGUAUUCUGUUAACACGUUUGCAACAUUCCUUGUAUGGUCUAAACUUCAAAUUUGAAGCUUGAAAUAAACAUUUUGGUGGUAA